AAUACUACUCAUUUCUCAACAGCUCAUAUAUUUUUUCUCCUUAUAAUGGCUUGUUUUUGCUUUCGAUCAUCCUUCUUUCUGCUCUUGCUUAUCGCUUUAUCAAUCCAUGUAGAUGCACGACAACUUCUCGAAACAAAAUUGCCAGAAGUACCUAAACCUGAAUUUCCUAAACCAGAAUUACCUAAACCUGAACUUCCUACUCUACCAAAAACUGAAUUGCCUGAGCUGCCAAAACCUGAAGUGCCCAAACUUCCUGAAUUGCAAGUGCCAGAAUUGCCAAAACCUGAAGUACCGAAGGUCCCUGAAUUGCCAAAGCUGGAAAUUCCAAAAGUGCCAGAAUUGCCUAAGUUCCCUGAAUUACCAAAGCUUGAAGUUCCAAAAGUACUAAAAAUGCCAAAACCUGAAAUGCCUAAGGUUCCUGAGUUGCCAAAACCUGAACUGCCACCUUUGCCCCACUUUCCUGAGCUUCCAAAGCCUACCUUGCCUAUCACACCAACUGUUCCCAAGGACAUUAAACCACCUCAGUCAACUACUACUCCUUAAAAUGCUUAUAAUUAUACCAUCUUACAUUUCCUCGGUGGAUUUUCAUAGGAGAUUUCAUCUUGUGUUCGGUGUGGCAUCAUAUAUUGUCGAGAAUAGAAAUUUGUAGUUUAUGUUUCUUGUCGAGUUAAUCGUUCAUGUAAUUUUUAUUGUUCAGAUUGUUAUUAUCUUUUAUAGUGGUUAUGCUGGAUUUGUUGUAUUUUCUACUAUUUCUUCAGCUCUACAUGAUACAUGAAUAUAUAUAAUAUUUGUCUGGAUUUUGUUU